AUGACUUUUGGGACCACGCCAGAGGAGGGCAGAAGAAGGGAAGGCGGAGAAUUGCCAAAUGUCUGCGCGCAACAUCAAUGUCGGAGGAGGUCAGGGGACCACCCCGAGGAGGAGGUCGAGGAGACCCGCCCGAGGGGGAGGUCAAGGAGACCACCCCAGGAGGAGGGCAGGAGACCACGCCCAGGGGAGGUCGGGGGAAACCCCCCAAAGCAAACCCCCCAGGAGGAGGGCGGGGCCCCCGGGGUGAGACCACCCGGGAAAACCCGAGGAGGAGGUCAGGAGACCACGCCCGAGGAGGGGGGUCAAGGCCCCGGACCACGCCCGAGGGGGGGAGGUCCCCGGGGGGGGAAAGGGGACCACGCCCCCAGGAGGAGUCAAGGAGACCACGGGCCCGGGGAGUCGAGGAACCACGCCCCAGGAGGAGGUCAGGGACCAGGGGCCCCAGGAGGGGUCAAAGGGGACCAAAAAGGGGGCGGAACCCCGCCCCCGGGGGACCACGCCCGAGGGGGUGGGGGGGAAGGUCGAGGGGCCCCCCAGAGGAGGAGGCGGGAGACCACGCCCGGGGGGGUCAAAGAAAAAAAACCCGAGGGGGGGUCAAGGAGACCACGCCGAGGAGGGGGCGAGGGGAACCCCAACCCGCCCGAGGAGGAGGUCAGGGACCACGCCCGAGGGGGAGGUCGGGGCCACGCCCGAGGGGAGUCAAAGGAAACCCCGCCCCAGGAGGGGUCAAAGGGGACCACGCCCCAGGAGGGGGUAAAAAGACCCGCCCAGGGGGAGGGCGAGGAGACCACGCCCAGGAGGGGGUCAAGAGACCCCGCCCGGGAGGAGGGCAAGGGAGGGAAACCCCGCCCAGGAGGAGGUCAGAGACCACGCCCCGGGGACCCGCCCGAGGAGGAGGGCAGGAACCACGCCCAGGGGGAUUUUGAGGAACCACGCCCCGAGGAGGAGGGAAGGAGACCACGCCCGAGGGGGGGUCAAAGGGGGGAAAAACCCCGCCCGAGGAGGAGGUCAGAGACCACGCCCAAGGAGGUCGGAGACCACCCCGAAGGAGGGCAAGGAACCCAGCCAAGGAGGGGUGGAGACCACGCCCAGGAGGGUCAGGGGAAAACCCCGCCCAGAGGACAGGACCACCCAGAGGAGGGGUCAGGAGACCACGCCCCCGGGGGAGGUCAGGGGACCAGCCAGGGGGAGGUCAGGAGACCCGCCCGAGGGGGGGUCAGGGAAGGAGGGGACGGGGGGCCACGCCCCAGAGGGGGUCGAGGGAACCCCCGCCAGAGGGGAGGUCGGGAACCACGCCCGAGGAGAGGUCAAAGGGGACCCCCCGAGGAGAGGGCAGGAGCCACCCCGAGGAGGAGGUCGAGGGGAAACCACCCCGGGAGGAGGUCAAGGAGACCACGCCCAGGAGGGGUCGAGGAGACCACCCCGAGGAGGAGUCGAGGAGACCACGCCCGAGGAGGAGGGCCAAAGGGGAAAACCCCGCCCAGGAGGAGGUCAAAGGGGACCACGCCCGAGGGGGAGGUCGAGGAGACCACGCCCCAGGAGGAGGUCAAGGACCACGCCCGGGGGGAAAGGGGGAGGUAA